GGAUAUCCUAUCUAUAUAAAGUCACAUGUGAGGUCCGGACACCAAUACAGAUAUUCACAUUCCAUUUCCAUUCACCAAACAUUUCUCGGUUGUGACUUGUGAAAUUGUGAAAAGCAAAACUCAAUCUAACCCUUGCACUGUUGCCUGUUCUUAGCGUUUGUAAACUCCAUUUUCAACUCCCGUGUUGCGUGAGCAUUCCUACCGAAAGCAUCUCGCGAUUGAGUUCAGUUCAAUGGCGAACAGCAAUCUACCUCGAAGAAUCAUCAAGGAAACUCAGCGGCUCCUUAGCGAACCAGCUCCUGGAAUAAGUGCAUCUCCAUCAGAGGAAAAUAUGCGGUAUUUUAAUGUGAUGAUUCUUGGUCCAACACAGUCUCCAUAUGAAGGUGGUGUGUUCAAGCUGGAAUUGUUUUUGCCUGAAGAGUACCCAAUGGCUGCUCCAAAGGUUCGGUUCCUCACCAAAAUCUACCACCCUAAUAUUGACAAGCUUGGAAGGAUAUGCCUUGAUAUCCUCAAAGACAAGUGGAGUCCUGCUCUUCAGAUUCGAACGGUCCUUUUGAGCAUUCAAGCACUUCUGAGUGCUCCAAAUCCAGAUGAUCCACUCUCUGAAAACAUUGCUAAGCAUUGGAAGACGAAUGAGGCUGAAGCCGUCGAAACAGCUAAAGAAUGGACUCGCCUGUAUGCUAGUGGCGCUUGAGCGGAUUGUUCUGAAUAACAUAAUAUGAGUGUGCCCUUGUUUACCAUUUAGAAUAUGGGGCGCCACAUGUAGUGAGCGUGUUUGAAACAAACAAAAGUUUCUGUUUGCAUUACUUUUACAUUCGUGUUACUGCUGGAUUAUGAUAUCCCCACCCCUGAAAAGAUUCUUUUUGUUGUAAAAUGAAAAGAUUGUAUCUUUCUUAUUGCUGUCAAUGGGGUCUUAUGAUA